CCGAGAUGGCGGCGCCCAGCGCACGAGUUCCCCACCAGCUUCUGGUCGGUCUCGAAUUGCGGUCCUGACUGGGGUUGCAGGAACCAUGGACGGGCCGGGGUUCACUGCCUCGCUGGUGGCUGGAGGGGUAGCAGGCACCUCUGUUGAUUUGAUAUUAUUUCCUCUGGAUACCAUUAAAACCAGGCUUCAGAGUCCUCAGGGAUUCAAUAAGGCUGGUGGGUUUCGUGGAAUAUAUGCUGGCGUCCCUUCCACUGCUAUUGGAUCCUUUCCUAAUGCCGCUGCAUUUUUCCUCACGUAUGAAUAUGUGAAGUGGUUUUUGCGCACUGAUUCAGCUUCCUGUUUCAUGCCUGUGAAGCAUAUGUUGGCUGCCUCUGCUGGAGAAGUAGUUGCCUGUCUGAUUCGAGUCCCUUCUGAAGUGGUCAAACAGAGGGCUCAGGUCUCUGCUUCUUCAAGGACAUCGCAGGUUUUCUCUAACAUCUUGUAUGAAGAGGGUAUCCAGGGAUUGUACCGAGGCUAUAAAAGCACAGUUUUAAGAGAGAUUCCUUUCUCCUUGGUCCAGUUUCCCUUGUGGGAAGCCUUAAAAGCCCUCUGGUCCUGGCGGCAGGAUCGAGUGGUGGAUUCUUGGCAGUCAGCAGUCUGUGGAGCUUUUGCAGGUGGCUUUGCAGCUGUUGUCACCACCCCUCUGGAUGUGGCAAAGACAAGAAUUAUGCUGGCAAAGGCCGGUUCCAGUGCUGCCAGUGGGAACGUGCUCUCAGCUCUGCAUGGAGUUUGGCGGACACAGGGGCUGGCGGGAUUAUUUGCAGGUGUCUUCCCUCGAAUGGCGGCCAUCAGCCUGGGAGGUUUCAUCUUUCUGGGUGCUUAUGACCAGACCAGAAGCUUGCUGCUACAAGUGAGCAGGAAGAGCCUGUGACGCAGAGGCGUGGCUCGCGUGCUUCCGUGGGGAAGGGUGCGCUGCAGACCCGCCCCUAGCUGAGCGGCCGGAAAGCCCAGUGUGUGGCGUGGUGCUGCUAAGACUGUGACCCGACAGUGCGUCAUUCCUGGGGCAGACGAGUUGCGUCCUCGGCCAACGACCAGAAUGAGGAAACAUGGCCACGGUGGAGCCCCGAGCCCUCUCCACCCCAAUAAACACUUGGGACUGCUACGCCAGGCCCUUCGGAGCUUUCUUUUGAUCGCUAUGUGCCCUUCCAUGUCCUUUGGGGGAUUCACUAGAAGGCAAGGUGGGCGCUUUCACUGGGAAAAGAAUGGCUGGAUUUAGGAAAAAAUUGUGCACGUGAGUGGCACUGUGGCUCAAACUGGUAGAGUGCUGGCCUUGAGCAAAAAGAGCUCAGGGACAAAGUCCAGGCCCCGAAAGCCUCAUGACCAACAAAAAAUUUAAAAAAUUAAAAAAAAAAUGCAUGUGGGUGUUUCUCUCCUGGGUUGGUUCCUGUUGUAUAACAGCUUGAUGGUGACUAAAUGACCUGUGGGUAGCUGCACAGUACACCUUCUUAAUCCUGGCUUUAACCAGCGCCGGCUUUCCCCUAUGAGAACACGAAGAUGUUCUUUUAGAAAAGUGCCCAGCUUGCCUCACAUACAUGAAACCCUGGGUUUGA